AUGUCCGCGCCUAUAUCUGAAGGCACGGACAAGGCUCUUAGCCCGCUCGUCGAGUCGUCAGCCGCUGUCGAUGCAGUAGCAGCAGCAGCGGUCGGCGUCGAUGACACGGCUGCCGCUGAUGCUCCACGCAGAGGCUCACGAGCUCGUAAGCCAACUUCCAGAGCUGCAGGACUGGAUCCGAUCGAAGCGGCAUCAGCGUCAUCUGCAACUCAGCAGAAAGAAACGCGCUCAGGACGGAAGCGCAAGGCAGAUGACAUCGGCGCAGAGCUGGAGGACGUGACAGAGACCGAGAUCGCUACCAUCUUCGAGAAAAGCGCAAGCGCCGAAGAAGACGAUGAGGAUGAGAAGCAAUACUGUAUCUGUCGCGGCAAAGAUGAUGGUACCUUUAUGAUUUCGUGCGACCGCUGUCAGGAUUGGUUAGUACGACCGGGUGAUAACGACGACUCUGAGGCUUCGACAAGCUGCGUCCAAGCUGAGCUGACCCAGAACCUUGGGAAUCGAUGCACCUAUGCGGACAUCCCAUACGUCCUUCUCUAUACAGGUUCCACACGAAAUGCAUCGGCACCACACAAAAGGCCGCCAAGAAGCUCGAUGAAUACGUCUGCGAGGCUUGCCAGAACAAGAAAGGCGCAACACAGCAAAGAGGUAAGUGUGAUCGUCAGCCCUGUAGUAGGUCGCCAGAGCUGGUCCUUGGUGUCUGCAGAUGGAGCAAAUCGCAAAUACAUGCCACACGCAUCCUACGCUACGAUUCUGACCGGCCAUGAAUGCAUCGUCUUACUUAUUCAUCUUUCAAUAGCCGCCACUUCAAAGCCGAUCAAGAAAUACAAGUCAUCUCGAGGACAGCAAAGAUCUCGAAACGCAAAGCUCGACGCCGCAGGGUCCGACUGGGAGCAUGAAGAGAAGCAAGACACUGCAUCUGAAGAGGACAGCGCCUCGGAUGAUGAGUACGUCAGCGAAGCCGGCGACGAUGGCUCGAAUCGCGAGGACGCAGCGACGCAAGACAACGCAAGAUCCGGGCUUCUCGCACGAUCGCAACCGCGCAAGCAAUCCGAGCCCAGCAUCUCGGCCUCAAAAGCAAGAGCGGUAGCGUCCGGUUCCGGACCUGCCGAUAAGGCCUCUCAGCGCAGAGCAUCCGAGAGCCUCAGAAGAGCGAGCGGCUCGAGCAAACCUGCUCCCACUUUGAAGAAGGAUGCAGAACGUAAACCCACCGGACCCACCGACGCCAGCACUGAGGAAGCAAGAUCGAGGGCUCGUAAGGUGCUUGCGGCUGCUCUUGAGAAAGUCUUUAUCGGCGCCGCUGCGAAGGGAAAGUCUUCAGAAGAUAGCGGCGAAGACGAAGAGACCGACGAGCAACGCGCUCAGACUUUUGCUGCGCUGCUGGAAGGGGAGAUCUUCGAGUCGAAUGCUGACGUCCAUGGCUCGAUUCGUGUUGUCGGCUCAAAGUACAAAGAUCGUUUCCGCACUUUCUUGUUCAGUCUCAAGGAUGCAAAGAAUACUACGUUGCAUUCUAGGAUCGCGUCAGGUCAACUGCAAGCUUCUGAGCUGGCCAAGAUGUCCAACGAGGAGCUCGCCAAUGACAGCAUCCGUCAGGCUACUGAGAAGGCGCGGCUCGAAGCGUUGCACAGGAGUACUUUGCGAUCAGAAGAUGCAGGGCCGCUGCGCAAGAUGACGCAUAAGGGCGAGAUUGAGAUUGAGAGCGAUCCCGUCAUUGCUCGAGAUCAGCCGCUCAAGUUCGAUGGAAGAACUGCUGCCAAGCAGAACAAUCGCUCCAUCGAGGCUCCCGCGACGAGGGUGUCCGAGAGCGAGCCGGCGGUCCCUGUCUCGCACAAAGACGGGGAAGACGAUGAAGAGGCGAUGGCUCCGUCAUCGCCCAAGGAAGAUCCUGCGCGUCGUUCGGCUCCUGUGUCGGAUCUGGCUCAUGCUUCACCCAGCCGGCUCAACUUUGGCGAUGUGUGGACCCAAAGCGGAGAUGCACCAAGGAACGACCAGGACGACGAAGCUCAGGAAUCCUUCGGCUUCGGCAUCGGCUCACCACACGACGAAGGCUAUGAUCAGAACGUGGCAGUGGACGAAGUUCACGACACCGUUGUCGGUGGAGCUGACGACUUUAUCGAUUCGUUCCUCGACGGUGCGGACGACGAGAAGUACGAAGCUGCCCAGUCGACAACCGUGGCGGAAAGGUCGACGACGCCGACCGCCGAACCUCCGAGCAGUGCUGUGCACCGCUAUCGUAGCACCAUCUGGAAUGGUCUGAUCGAUCUGCCAGACGUAUUUGCAUUCCAAGGCCACGUCAAGCAGGUCGCAGGUCGCAGUCUGACCUCAGCAACCAGAAUUUGGUCCAAGUUCUUCCCCGAAAGGCCUCUCUUGGUUGCUGGUCGGCUCCCCACAAAGGCCGCCACGGACUAUCUGCUCCAAGUCGUCAACGCGUCACGAACCGAGAUCCUGGCUUUCACUAUGGAGCCGGGCGUCGUCAAGGACGGUGCGGUGCAUCCACAAGAAUCGGACCUCGCAAGCUUUGAGGGCAUGCUCCGUCACUUUAAGGAUGCCGACCGAUGGGGAGCUUUGCACAUCUCUUCGAGCGUCAAAGGCAGUCUGAUCAAGGAUUUCUACGUCGUGCCGCUGCACAAAGACGACGAGGUACCGCUCUGGCUCGACAUGGCCGAGUCGGAUGCUCUGGGAGCGGAGUGGCAUACCAAGCGCGAUCGCGACUUGCUUAUGCUCGUCGCUGUCGUGAUUCGCGAUGCUUUGCACGCCGAGCUGUCUAAAGCAGGAAGGUCGCCAAAGCGUGAUCGAAGCACGACCAACGAGGGUCAGCGACAGCACAAGAACGAGACGGAGGCAGCAGCCGAAGAAGCGUACGAUCCAUCGGCUGGCUUGAAUGUCGCCCUUGGUCAACCUGGCGGUGGUCAUGCUGCCGCUGUCAGCGCUGCAGCCCCAGCGGCGUCGGCAGCAUUCGGCUCUGAUGCAUUGCAGUCGCUUCUGCGUACGCUUGGCAAGACGACUGCCCCAUCAGUAUCCGGCAGCGUACCUGCGGCAUUGUCGGGUGCUUUGAGUCCGCUUGCUGGUAUGCAAGGUGGACCGCCUCCACCUGGACCCCCUCCUGGCCCCCCUCCCGGACCACCUCCGGCGUUCCCGAACGUACCUCCGCCUGCCAGCGCGUCACCGAUGGCUGGCUCAUGGUCGCCAUAUGCGGCUGCCGGGGCCGGAAGGGAUACAGCGACGCCUCCACAGCAUUGGCAGCAGCAGCAGCAGCCUUAUGCGGCCUAUUCCCACACCUAUGCUCCUGCUGCUGGUCCCGCCGCCUACGGGCACGGCGGUGGCUGGGGUCAAGAACAGGCCUGGCAACAGCAGCAACAUCAGCACGACUCGGCACCACCACAACAUCAAGACAUGCCAGAAGAAGAGUACCCUGGCCAGUACAAUCCGGAUUUCCUGGCUCAGGCUAGCGCACGCGGAGGUCAAAGGCAUGGGCAAGGACAAGCAAGAGGCAGGGGAGGAAGAGGUCGAGACGGAGGCUGGUGA